CAACAGACUACACAUGUCCCCCCCAAUCCAUUGAGCCUUCAACUCCCCUCCUUCACCGGCUCCCUCUCCUAACAAAACCUAGCAAUAUCAUAGUGGAACAGCCUCCAGCACCCUAGUCUGCUGUGAAAUCUAAGCAGCCACUUUCCACAGACGCCCUAAAGUUUCAGUCUUUCUCAGAGAAGCAGGCAUGGCACACCACACCACCAGCACAAACCACAGUCGCAUCCUCGCAUCCCAUCCAGAACCCCCAUCCCCACCCAUACCCAUACCCAAAUCCAAAUCCACCCACCACCAACCUUCCACCACCGCCAUGGAUCCCACUUCCCAAACAUCCAAAGCCCACCGCCCCACCACCACCACCACCAAGAUCGUCAGCAGAGAUCCUCCUCCAGCGAAACCCAAUGCUAGUACUAGUUCAUCUUUUAUGUCCAAUUACUUGUCUUCCAGACUCCUAAACCCAUCUCACUUCCACCAAUCCAGCAACAAAAACCCAACCCCACCUUGCCUAGAUUCCCAUUUGCAGGCCAGAGCCAUGACCGCUUCUGCUGAUUUUGAAGCUUCUUCCAGGUUCCCUGCCGCUAAAGCCAAGUACUACUACGCCCAACAGAGGAGACCCAGUGAUGGCAGAGGUGACAAGGAGACCCUGAAAAGGGUCGUUGGAAAGCAAGAAGCUUUACCCAAGGGGAGGGUUAAGAAGCAGGAUUUGGAUUUGGGUUUGGUGGUGGUGGAGGAGAAGAAGAAAGUUUUGGUUGUCAGUGAGAAGACCAAGAAGAAGAGCAGCAGUAAGAAUGAUGAUGUUGAUGAUUAUGAGAGUGGGAAGAAGGAAAUGAGGAAGGAAAUGGAUUUGUUGUUGCUUGAAGGGGUUGAUGAUGUUAAGAGGAUGUCAUCGUCGGUCUCAUUUGGUGUUGGUGGGGAGAGAAGGAGAUCCUUGAGUGGCUCGCAAGUGCAGUUGGGUGAUUUCUUAGCAAGCAACGGUGCUAAGAUUGUAUCAGUUGAUAUGCCCCCAUUUAUGCAGAUCCAUGCCAUUGAUUGUGCCAGGAAGACUUGUGAUAGUCUCGAGAAGUUCGCUGCCAAGACCCUAGCUCUCACUCUCAAGAAGGAGUUUGAUGGUGUUUAUGGUCCGGCAUGGCAUUGCAUCGUAGGGACAAGUUUUGGGUCCUUUGUGACCCAUUCUGUUGGUGGGUUUCUCUAUUUCUCAAUGGACUCCAAAUUAUAUGUCCUCUUGUUUAAGACUACGGUCCAGAGAGCAGCAGAUUCAGUGGAAUGAUUGGAAUUAUAGAUUAGAUGUGUUUAGUGGAGCUGAAAGGAAAGAAAGAGCUGGGCCAGAAGCUAAAAAGAACUGCUGUCUCCUUCUACAGAUCUGUAUUGUGAGGAUUGUUUUUUUGUCUCUGGCUGUAGAAACUAGGAAAGCAGCAAAGCAAAUAUGUGAAUAUGAUGUGAAAAGUUUUCACCUUUUCCACCCUUGUUUCAAGGACCCUCCCAUCUUUCUUCCAAGUUCUAUCACAAAGUUCUCCCAGCUUUCGUGAGUAGUUUCACAGGCCGAAAUUUCUGUAUCUUUCUCUCCCUGGCCAGUGGUCACCUAGUUGCUGUACAAGUGAAUGCAAAGCAUGGCAACCUCUUCUUCUUUCAAUGUUUGUGAUGAAUAGAUUAUUAUAAUAACAUGACAGAAGCUGACUCGAACUAGUUUACAUGAUCUGCUGAUGGC